AUGGCUGUCUCUGCGGAUCCCGAGAAUGCGCCAAAUCCUACAAAGAAGUUAAGAUGGGCAACACAGAGGCUGAAGGGCAAGAGUGGGAGUAAAAAGCGAGGGUCCAUCUUGGGCCGAUUAGGUCACAGAGGCUCGCAGAACAGCGAGAAGAAACGAGAUUCAGCUGGCGCAGAUUCAAUGGGUACUGAUCUUGGUGGAAUCACUGAGGAACCAGAACCUAAUGAAGGAGCGACGGAAACUUCUGGCAGUGAUCGCGAUGGACAGGGUCCUCGAACAGUCUACUUCAAUCAAGCGUUACCGCCAGAUGCAGUCGACGAACAGGGCCAUCCGCUCAAACAUUACCGGAGAAACAAGAUCAGGACCGCAAAAUACACCCCUAUCAGUUUCAUACCGAAGAACUUGUGGUAUCAGUUCCACAACAUCGCUAAUGUUUACUUCCUCUUCUUGAUUAUCUUGACGUUCUUUGGCAUAUUUGGUGCAUCAAACCCCGGACUGAACGCCGUACCACUGAUCGUCAUUGUUGUUAUAACCGCUAUAAAAGAUGCGAUUGAGGAUUACCGGAGGACAAUCUUAGACAUUGAGUUGAAUAAUUCGCCGGUACACAGACUGGUAGACUGGAACAAUGUCAACGUCAGCGAAGACGAUGUAUCAUUAUGGAGAAGAUUCAAGAAAGCAUCCACUCGUGGUGUUGUUGCUGUAUGGGGAAAACUCAAGAGGAAUAAGAAACUUCCGGGAAAAGAUUACGCUGAACGAGCCCUUGACGAACCCAGAGAAUCUUAUGAAACCAGAGCGACAGCAGACAGACGUGUGUCGGCAUUUUCUGCCCAUACUCAGCGAACCUCAUUCACAUCUGCUCGAGAAAAUAUCCAAAUGACACCAGUGCCGUCACCUGGACUGCCUCGAGACGAUGGGUUGCAAGUACCUGAUGCAGACCGCCCAAAGACAGCAUUCUCUUACGAAGCUGGUGAUGGGGACGCCCCCGUUGUGAAGAACUUUGGCAACCUGAUCAACCCAACCCUUCCAGUCACUGGGGGGCCUCGAUUCCACAGCGACUAUUGGAAGAAUGUCAAAGUCGGAGAUUUUGUGCGAAUUUACAACGAUGAUCAAAUUCCAGCGGACAUCGUUAUCUUGUCAACUUCUGAUCCAGACGGAGCUUGUUAUGUUGAGACAAAGAAUUUGGACGGAGAAACGAAUUUGAAGGUCAGACAUGCACUUCGGAGUGGCAGAAAGAUCAAACAUGCACGAGACUGUGAGCGAACACAGUUUGUCAUUGAGAGUGAGCCGCCACAUCCAAACCUCUACCAGUACAGUGCCGUUGCACGUUGGACACAGCACAAUCCCAGAUAUCCCGACUCGGAAGGCGAGGAUAUGGCCGAACCUAUCUCUAUCAACAACCUCCUCCUCCGAGGCUGCAAUCUACGAAACACUGACUGGAUCCUUGGUGUUGUCGUCUAUACUGGUUUCGACACAAAAAUCAUGAUGAACUCUGGUAUCACUCCCAGCAAGCGAUCAAGAAUUGCUAGAGAGUUGAAUUGGAACGUCAUCUACAAUUUCAUUAUCCUCUUCAUCAUGUGUCUUGUUUCUGGACUGAUUGAAGGUGUCUAUUGGGGCCAGGGUGAUAACUCAUUGGAUUUCUUCGAAUUUGGGUCUAUCGGGGGCAAACCCUCUUUGGACGGACUCAUCACCUUUUGGGCAGCCGUUAUUUUGUUCCAGAAUUUGGUACCCAUCUCUCUCUACAUCUCCAUCGAAAUCGUCAAGACUUGCCAGGCGUUCUUCAUCUACAGCGACACUGAGAUGUACUACGAAAAGAUUGAUUAUCCUUGUACACCAAAGUCCUGGAACAUCUCCGAUGACCUGGGCCAGAUCGAGUACAUCUUUUCCGACAAGACUGGUACUCUGACCCAGAAUGUCAUGGAGUUCAAGAAAGCCACCAUCAAUGGAGUUCCUUAUGGAGAAGCUUACACAGAAGCACAGGCCGGUAUGCAGAAGCGACAGGGCAUUGAUGUCGAGAAGGAGUCUGCCCGAGCAUAUGAGCAAAUUGCACAGGCACGUGUGAAGAUGCUGGCUGAUAUAAGGAAACUCUACGACAACCCCUAUCUCCAUGAUGAUGAGUUGACGUUCGUUGCGCCAGACUUCAUCUCUGAUCUGGCCGGUGAAUCAACACGAGAGCAACAACUCGCCAAUGAGCAAUUCAUGCUAGCGCUCGCUCUCUGUCACACAGUCAUCGCGGAGACCAUUCCUGCUGAACCACCACGAAUUGAGUUCAAGGCACAGUCUCCUGAUGAGGCCGCGUUGGUUGCCACCGCUCGUGAUGUAGGCUACACGGUCCUCGGCAACUCUAACGAUGGUAUUCGUUUGAACAUUCAAGGAGAGGAUCGCUCAUUCAAGGUCCUGAACACUCUAGAAUUCAACUCAACCAGAAAGAGAAUGAGUGCUAUCAUCCGAAUGCCCGACAACAAGAUCAUUCUCUUCUGUAAGGGUGCUGAUAGCAUCAUAUAUUCUCGCUUAAAGAAAGGAGAACAAUCCGAACUACGCAGAACCACAGCAGAGCACCUUGAAAUGUUCGCACGUGAAGGUCUGAGAACUCUCUGCAUAGCACAAAGAGAGCUAGGAGAGCACGAAUAUCAAGAGUGGAACAGGGAACAUGAGAUUGCCGCCGCCGCUAUUUCCGACCGAGAAGACAAGCUGGAAGCUGUCUCGGAUUUGAUUGAGCGUGACUUGACAUUGCUAGGCGGCACAGCUAUCGAAGAUCGUCUGCAAGAGGGUGUUCCAGAUACCAUCGCUCUUCUCGCCGAGGCUGGUAUCAAGCUCUGGGUCCUGACUGGUGACAAGGUCGAGACCGCUAUCAACAUUGGCUUCUCUUGCAACCUGCUCAACAAUGACAUGGAACUCAUCAUCUUCAAAGUAGAUGAUGAGUCAGUGGACAGCGCUGACGUGGAGCUCGACAAACAUCUUGCCACUUUCAACAUGACUGGAUCUGACCACGAACUAGCUAUUGCAAGGAAGAGCCAUGCUCCACCAGAGCCAACGCAUGCUAUUGUUAUCGAUGGCGAUUCGCUCAAGCUCGUUCUCGAUGAACGAUUGCGCCAGAAGUUUCUUCUACUUUGUAAACAGUGCAAGUCUGUAUUAUGCUGUCGUGUCAGUCCAGCACAGAAGGCUGCUGUCGUCGCUAUGGUCAAGACUGGACUUGAUGUGAUGACCCUCUCGAUUGGAGACGGAGCAAAUGAUGUCGCGAUGAUUCAGGAGGCUGAUGUCGGUGUGGGUAUUGCAGGCGAAGAAGGUCGACAAGCUGUCAUGUCUGCUGAUUACGCCAUUGGUCAAUUCAGAUUCCUUCAACGACUGGUACUUGUACAUGGUCGUUGGUCAUACCGCCGAUUAGGGGAGAUGAUUGCCAAUUUCUUCUACAAGAACAUUGUGUGGACGUUCACGAUCUUCUGGUACCAGAUCUUCUGUAGUUUCGACAUGACCUACCUCUACGACUACACCUACAUUUUGCUCUUCAACUUGGCAUUUACAUCGGUACCGGUUGUCUUCAUGGGUGUAUUGGACCAAGAUGUCAAUGACAAGGUAUCUCUAGCAGUUCCUCAACUCUACCGCCGCGGCAUUGAGCGCAAAGAAUGGACACAGACCAAAUUCUGGCUCUAUAUGUUCGACGGACUGUACCAGUCAGUCAUUUGCUUCUUCAUGGCAUGGCUACUCUUCCGUCCAGCCAAUUUUGUUACUGGAAAUGGCCUCAAUAUCGAUGACCGAGAACGCUUUGGCGUGUACAUUGCACCUGCUGCUCUCAUGGUCAUCAACGUCUAUAUCCUGAUCAACACCUAUCGAUGGGAUUGGCUUAUGGUACUGCUCGUGACCAUCAGUGUCCUCCUUGUAUGGUUUUGGACUGGGGUUUACUCGGCUUUCAAAUCAUCAGAUUACUUCUACAAGGCAGCUGCUGAAGCUUUUGCGCAAGCGUCCUUCUGGGCAGUCACGUUCUUGUCGACGAUUCUCGCCCUGAUGCCUCGUUUCUGCAUCAAAUUUGUUCAGAAAAUCUAUUUCCCAUACGAUGUCGACAUCAUCCGCGAGCAAGUCCGUCAAGGGAAGUUCGCGUACCUUGAUGUGGACAAUAGUGCCGGUGACGACAUCACAAAAGAUCCUUCUACAACAUCAUCUGACAUCGCAAAGCCGAGUAAGCACACCCACUAUCCGAGCCUUGAUGAAGACCAAAGGCCGAUUUACCCACCUUCAGUUGCUGCUACAGCCACCACCCACAACCCUCGAAGUCAAAACGGCAGCGACGGCACCGAUUUCACGCGACAUCGAGCUUCUAUGGAGCAACUACCACCCGUUCGACAAUCCAUGGACCGAGCGAGACCUUCGUACGAUAGAAUACGAGCUUCGAUGGAUCGUAUACGACCGUCUUUCGAACAAAGUCGCGAUUUCACUUCGGCAGCUAUGUUGACUCGACUGGAGUCAAGCCACUCCUUUGGACCUACACAAAGUAGGAGGACAUAA